CUCUCAGCAGAUUUCAGCUCCCCGGCUUUAGCCGAGCCCGGGAGGAAGCUCUCUUCCUCGUCCGCUCGGAGAGGAUGCUGUGACAGAUGCAGGCGAAGAGAACCCUCCCGGGUCUCACGUUCUGCGCCUUCUACCUGGCCACCUACGUCACGAACAAGUAUGUCCUGUCUGUCUUGAAAUUCACCUACCCCACCUUAUUCCAGGGGUGGCAGACAUUAAUUGGUGGACUUCUGCUUCACAUUUCUUGGAAGCUGGGUUGGGUGGAGAUCAACAGUAAUUCCAGGGCCAAGGUUCUGGCAUGGCUUCCUUCUUCAAUGCUGUUUGUGGGGAUAAUCUACGCAGGUUCUAGGGCAUUAUCUAGAUUGUCCAUUCCUGUGUUCUUCACAUUGCAUAAUGCAUCAGAAGUUAUUGUCUGUCUGUACCAGAAGUGCAUUUCAAAAGAGCUUACAUCUCCUGCAAAAAUCUGGAGCGCUGUCUUCCUCCAGGUUGCCGCAGGAUGUCUCCCGUUUUGUGACUCCCAAUUUGAUCCAUUUGGAUAUUUCUGGGCUGCCAUUCACUUGUUCUGUGUAGGGUCUUACAAAAUACUUCACAAGGCUCAGAAAUCCAAUGUGUUAAGUGACAUUGACCAGCAGUACCUAAACUACAUAUUCAGCAUGGUGCUGUUGGCCUUUGCCUCUCAUCCCACAGGUGAUCUCUUCAGGGCCCUGGAGUUUCCAUUCCUGUAUUUUUACAGAUUCCAUACCAGCUGCUGUGCCAGUGGAUUCUUGGGAUUCUUUUUGAUGUUAAGUUCACUGAAGCUAAAAAACAACAUGGCUCCAGCACAGCACACAGCCUGGAUUUUCUUUGCCAAGGUUAUGACAGCUGGUUUCUCGAUAUUGCUGUUUGACACAGUCCUGGACGUUGCAAUGGUGGCUUGCCUUCUACUGGGCGGACUGGGAGAAGCCUUGCUGGUUUACUCGGAGAAGACGAACACAUAGGGAAGAGAAGGAGCUUUAAACCCACAAGCUGCACAUGCCAGCCAAAGGAGAAAGCAAGACCUCUGUGUGGAUGGAAAAGAUAACAUGGAAACAGUCAGAAUAUUGGGAGCCAUAGUGGGGUCCACCUCCUCCUCAGGAGAGGGGCAGGCCUCAGAGAAAACAAAAUCCGUUCCUAAGCAUGAUAGAGGGGUAACCCUCUUGAUGUUAUCACUAGGACCGCCUGGAAGAACUCUGCGUUGGGGGUAUGAGUGGCUUCCCGUGCCUGUCUUUAGUGUCUCUCAACACCAUCUUACUAGAGACACCCAUGGUCAUUUGGUGCUCCCAUUUCUCUCAACUCCUUUGUGGAGAGAGGAGAAGUAGAAUCUUCCCUGGGAUUUUCCCAGACCUUUUUGGAAGCAUGGGAUUCAUUUUUAUACUAAGCUGGCUCAUUUUAUACUAAAUACCCGUUCCUGAGUCUCCACUUUCCCAGCCUCCAACACUACCUCACAACGUAUGGCAGAGGGUCUUGGGUUUAUUUUGUAUGUUCAUGGUCUCUUCUGGGAAUUCCCUGUCCUAGAUUCUCCUGUCUGGCCUGACAAAGAAUUGCAGAAUUCACACCGUAUGCAGCAUCUGGGAAGGAGUUGAUUUGUGAGAAAUUGAAUCGUUGUGCUGGGCCAUGCUAGAAAUCAGCAAGGCAGCCCAAGUCCUCUGUUGUGAACUCAAAAGCUUAGUUUUUUGUCACUGUCUUUGCUUUUCUUUCCCACUCACAAAUUUCUCUGAACUUUCAUGAAGUAUAUGUUUCUUUUAUUUGUCUUCUUAAUUUUGCACACUGUUCCAUCUCCUGCAAGUUGAAAACUUAAGUUAAUACUAAAUUAUCACCAAAGGGAGCUAGUUUUAUAAGCACUGAUGGAUGUCCUGGACAGUAAAAGAUAUUCCCCCCUCUCUGCCCCCAAACAUUAAAUUAUCACCAAAGGGAGCUAGUUUUAUAAGCACUGAUGGAUGUCCUGGACAGUAAAAGAUAUUCCCCCCUCUCUGCCCCCAAACAUUAAAUUAUCACCAAAGGGAGCUAGUUUUAUAAGCACUGAUGGAUGUCCUGGACAGUAAAAGAUAUUCCCCCAUCUCUGCUCCCAAACACUAAAUUAUCACCAAAGGGAGCUAGUUUUAUAAGCACUGAUGGAUGUCCUGGACCAUAAAAGAUACUCCCCCUUCCCUGCCCAAAACAACAACAAAAGCCCCAACAACCUACAUUCCCCAAAGCCUUCAAAUGAGUUAAUUCCAUGGCAUCCCAGAAGAGGUUUUGAAUCACUUAACAAAAAAACAGGUUUUGGUUUUUCCAUGCUAGAUUAAGAAUUGGAUUGGAAAUGUUUUAACUCUAUAGGAGGCUCUUAUAGGAACAACAACAGAAUUUACAUAAAAUAGAAAGUAGGAUUUACAUGGGAUGAGAAUUGGACUUGGGAUCCACGAGGAAGGUGUUGAGGAAAUCAUCAAGAUUUGGUUCCAGAAAACGUUUCUGUUUACAGUUGCUUUUGGGAAGAUGAUACUACCUUCCCCUAAUUUACAGAGCUUUGGCCUUUUAUAGCAUGGCAGAGAACCUGGCUCCUGGAAGACUGUAUUGUUACCAAGUCACAGAGGCCACUGUCGGGGGCUGGAAGCUCAGCUUAGCUAUGUACUGCCCUGUUCUAAAGAAGCCCUGUGCUUUCAUGGAAGGUACUGGCUGAAUAGUAUCUUGUUUCUAAAUAUGCAUCCCAUCCACCCAUCUGCCCUGUGACUGUGCUGCCCACCACCUCCUUACUCUGGACUCAUGGCCACACCCCUGGGGAAGUCAGUCCACUCAGUUUUGGAACUACUCUGGGGCCUGUCAGUUCUGACUGGUGAGUAGAUGCAAUCUCAUCUAAUUCCUUAUCCAGCCCAAUACAGGGCCUCUACUCUCCAUCCUUUUGAUUCUCUAAACCCUUGGCUUCAAUACCCUUCCCUGGCCACUGCUCUUUAUGUGUUACCUGCCCCAGCCUCUCCACUGCCCCCAGUGAAACGUUAGCUCUUUGAGGGCAAGUGAUGUCUCACUUUUAUAUUUAUAUUUGUCCCUUUUGCCUAGGACAGUGUUUAGCACUGCCAGAUGCUUUUUCAAAAAUGCCUUUUAAUUCAUUUAUUUAAAGAAAGAAAAAAAGAGGCAGGAAGAUCCAGUCCAGCUCUAAGUUUAUGAUCCUAAAAUUCUCAAAUGAGUUCCUCUAUGAACAGUGAUGACUAAGAUGUUUGAAUCUUUACAAGAUUCUUUUUAAGGAGUGCUGAUCCAAGUUUGUACCUGCAAUCUAUCUCCAUGUAUUUUCCUUGUCCCUCUUAAAUGAUUUAAAGUUUUUCCAAAAUGUUGGCAAGUGUUUAGAUUCAUCCUGCUGUUAUGUUUUACUUGGUGUCUUCAACCUUAUGCUGUAUGUUACCUCUCCCCCAACCUGGGAUACAUCAAUGGAAGAGUCCACUAUUUUGGCCUCACUCCACUCAGACCAUACAGCUGGGUCCUGUUCUUUUUCACUUGCAGAAAAUGUGGCUUGCCAGCAUGUUGUCAUAUUUCUUGCGUCUUCAAGUAUUGUUUAAGUAUUCAGAGAUUCAGAGGGCUGGAUAGUACCACAAAAUGUCAUUCAGUCCAUCCCAUUGUCCCUAAUCAGUACUGAUUUCAAAGGAUGCCAGUGAGGUAUUUAAACUUUUCUUAAAAAUCCCCAGGAAAAGAGACUGCAAGCCUCUCUUGCUAAUGACAUUCCAGAGUCUCAUUGGGUCAGCUUUGGGGUUGAAAUUCUGGCUCUAAUGCUUACUGCUUAUGUGACCUUCAUUCUCAGUUCUUCAUCUGUAGAAUGAGGAGAUCAGAUUAGAUGACUUAAGGUUUGUUCUAGUUCUAAGUUUAUGAUCCUAAAAUUCUCAGGUGAAUUCUGAGAUGGACAGCUGAAAGAAGCCACUGCCGCCUUACAGCCUUACUGCUUUGUUUCAGCUUUCAUCAUUUCUCUGGACAGUCUUCAAUCUUUAACUAAUACCUUGAGUUCCAGGGUUGGGUCAGAAUGCAGCAGGCAGCCUGAAUAGUGCCCAAGAUGGGAGCUCUGUUAAUUCCCGUUAUUCACUUUGGGCUUUGGACUGACUCAUUUGGGUGAAUCUCUUUGUUGUUGAUGUUUCAAUUAUAUUUAUGCCCCUUGACACUAUGUCCAAUCUAGUUUUCAUUUUUAUUAAUCCAAAUAAAGAAAAUUCUUUGUGUCAAUAAAGAAAAAGAUCCUGUGA